AUGGACAAGGAAAAGUCGUUAGCCCUUCCGAACUAUUACGCUGAAGUAGAGAGGGAAAUACGGGGCCUGGACGCUACACGCGAGGGCAAUGUCCUUUCAAAACUGGAGACAAGAAUGAAAAGUAUUGAAGACAGGGAUUAUGUUGUUCCCUUAGCAGGUUUGAAUGGAAUAUGUGGCUUCAAAAUGAUCUCUCAGCCGAAUAAAACAGUAGUUUCCUUCAUUGGAUCCAAUCAAACAUUUUCCUGGAGUUUUAAACUAACUGAGGGGGAGAAAUCAAAGAAACUGGAAGUUGUCCUUGCCAGUUGGAAUAAAAAAUACGACUACAUAACUGGUGACCACUCGGUAACAUAUGUUCGAGAAUCAAACGGGAGCGAAUCAGUAGUCAAAGAUAAAGAGGCCUUAAUCGCAAGGCGUUUAAACUGGGUGGGAGACUUGGCACGUGGCUUCGUGGCUUUCCAACUUCUGAACGUUCAACAACAAGAUACUUCAGAUUAUGGGAUUAGGUUCCAAGUUUCUGGUUCUCAUCCUAUGGAAGAUGGGUUUACUCUUUCUGCUCAGGUUCCAACUCCACCACCAACGAAGCCACCAGAACCUGAAAAUAUAACCGUCGAGAUGAAGGAAGGGGAACUACUUAAUAUCACCUGCCGCGCCAGAAUGGGGCCGGAAAAUUCAUCUGUCAUGUGGCUGAAAGACAACCGACCCAUGAAGAAAGGAAGGAACAGUUUUCUUGUCAUUCAAUCCAUAAAUCGAUCACAAGCAGGAAAAUAUAUGUGUGUGUCGCUGUCCCAAGAUAGAAACUACAGCUCGCCUUUCACUGCUGUUGAUGUUCUAUAUAAACCGAGAAUACUCAAACCUAGGAAACAAUUGACUUUGGAGUUAACACGAGGAAAUUCAACCAUGCUUGAGUGUACAGCCGAUGCAAAUCCUUUCCCGAUCUUCACUUGGCACACAGAAGGUGGAGAUAUUAAGCAAGGCUUUUCAAAUACUUCAAACUCAAGUUACUUGGCAGUUACACCAAUAAAUGACAGUUACGUGAAAAACUACAUGUACAAAUGCGUAGCAAGCAAUAAGUUAGGAUUUGACUCGGUGACGUUCACGUUGAUAGAAAAGCGUAAGUACUGUGACAGUCUGGUCACAAAUUCUUUCAAUCAUGGGUAUUGCAUUCCAGGUCCAGGUUAUUGGUCUACCUAA